AUGGAAGCCUGCGGUGUCCUGUGCCAGGCUGGGGCGAAAUGCGCCACCGCAUUUCAGCUGCGUCUCAACCCAUAUCUCUUGAAUGUCAUUGAACGCAUCGGUUUCAUAUCGCAACAAAGCAAGUCAAGCGAGCGCUAUUCUCGCCUCUUUGAUCGGUCGUCCGCGCUCAGAUUCUUGCUUCAGUCCAGCGUUAUCAGGGUUAUUCCGCCCUCCCUAGGGCGGCCACCGACGCAAGCCCAGCUGCAGGAGCAAAGCUUCAGUCUGCGCUAUAUCCCAGCGGCUUACGCCAUGGGUCAAGACCAAUACUAUGCGACGGAUCUCGCAACGACGUACCGGGACCUGUACCGGGCCAAAUUCCGGGCCGACGUGCAGGCCGACAUCUCGACGCCGUUCCUGGUGCCGCUGCACUUCCUCGGCGUCUGGAUCGUCCCGACGCUGUACCUAGCCAUCCCGCACAAGAACCGGCCCUGGCUAUACCGGGCGCGGUGGCUGGUGCUCGCGUUCAUCGUCGCCUUUCAUGCGCACAUGCUCCGGGACGUGGCGAGCUUGAACUUCGCUUCGGCUUACGGCACCGGUUUGCUGGCCGUGUGGGCGACGCUGUGGAAUUUCACACUGUUGAUUUGGACGAGGCCGCAGUGGGAUGCGAAGAGGGUGGACGUUAGGAGGAAGAAGGGGUACCAGCGGAAUGCUUCUCAACCGCCCGAGGCGAACGGACAUGCCCCUGGAACCAGACUGGAGGAGCAACCGAGAACCGCGGAGACGUCAGCUCGAGAGACGAAUGGCCAUGCUGGGUCCGCAACCAAAGGCGAUGCAGUUCAGGAACUAAGACAACGGCAGGCCAAAUAUGAAUCAGGCACUGCAUCCUCUCCAAAAGGUGCUGCUGGGGUGCCAGAAGAGUCUAAAGGGGUCUCAGAUGCAAUCGCUUUCGUCCUAGAACGUGAAGACAAUGCAUCGUCAGACCAAGAGCCAGCACUCGAUAUAGACAAGAUGGCAGCCGAGCAGGAGUACGAGUAUUACUGGCAAGAAUACCCUGCGGAUGCUCCGUUCCGGACUCGUCUGGACUGGUCCUUUGACAUCGUUUCCACGAUGCGCAUGACAGGUUGGAACUGGGCACCACGCUGCCUGCCGCCCUUCCGUCUACCUCCAAGCAUAGGAUCCUACCAACUGCCCCUAGACUUCGGGCCCCACGAAAGCAGACAAGGCUUCACGCGCACGCUCUCGCGCCGCAAGCUGUUCCUCCAACGCUUCUUCCUCAACAUCGUCCCCAGCUACAUCAUCGUCGACUUCUGCGCCGCUCUCAUGACGGCAGAUCCCUACUUCAUCCUCGGACCCGAGCACGGCGUUCCGCUCCCGCCACACCUCACAGCCAUGCACCCGCUGACGCUCUCCCUCCGCCGCACGGCGCUCUCCUUCGUGGGCGUAUUCACCGCUCUGCAGCUCGCCUGGAACCUCGGCGCCCUGGCGCUGGCCUUCCUCUGCCGGCCCGUGCUCGGCUUCCGCGCGCACCCGUGGCACCUACCAACUUUCGGAGGGUCAUUUACACAAGUCCUCGACCGCGGCCUGCAGGGGUUCUGGGGCGCCUGGUGGCACCAGACGUUCCGGUUCGGCUUCGCGGCUCCGACCAACUGGCUGCUUGCACACGGGUACAUCCGCAAGGGCACGCCCGCCUCGACGCUCGUCGGCGCCGUGCUGGCGUUCGUGCAGUCCGCCAUGCUGCACGGCGCGGGCAGCUACAGCACAAUACCACAAACACGCUGGUGGCUGCCGCCCGUCUUCUUUGCGCUCUCGGGCGUCGGGACCGUGCUGCAGUCCUCGCUCGCGCGCUCUGCAAUCCUUAAACCGCGCAUUGCGGCGCUGCCGCGGUGGGUCAGAAGGGCGGGGAACCUGCUGUUCGUGGCAGCCUGGCUGUGGGCGACGAGCUGGGCGCUGGUAGACGACUUUGGUCGCUGUGGGCUUUGGAUGUACGAGCCGGUGCCGGUCUCGCUGGCGCGCUGGCUUGGGUUUGGGGGCCCGGCUGAUGGAAGGGUUUGGAGGUAUGAUGGGGAUUUUUGGCCAAGGUGGUAUGUCGGGGCGCGGUGGUGGGAGAGGGGGGUUGCGAUUUAG